AUGAAGCGCGCGAUGUCUGAUUCAUCCAAUGGCACUCCGGCCAAGAUGGCCCGGACUGCCAACCAUCCCAUUCCCCAGAAUACAUCCACCGAGUUACAGAACCUUCAAGCUCGCAUUGCCGAGCUGGAGAAGAAAAAUGCCGAACUUCGCGACUCUAUCCGAGCCGGCAUGGCCCAGGCAAGAGAGGAGUUCGCCCAAGCACGAGCCGACCUGAAGAGCUCUCGCGACCAUGACGCGAAGCUCCAGGCUGAAAAGGCCGCAUUGGACAGACCCCGUCGACGAACUGCACUCCGCCAGCAAGCAGAGGAGUGCCAGGAGAAGGUCGAGACGUUGGAGGGUGAACUUCAAGACAUCAACAACGAAAAUGAACAACUGCGCGGAAUUAUAACGAACUCGGAGCAGGAACGAGAUCUUUGGAGAUCUCACUUCGAAGAUACACAGAAGGCAGUGAACAGCAGCCAGACUGUACAACAAAACACCGGUCACCACACUCCUCUCCUAAGCGAUGCGGGCAACUACUUUCAGACACAGUUUCUGAACGGUGUGGGUCCACUACCUUCCCCCGGGCUCGAACAGCAAGAGCCCAGCGCCGAAGCCGGUAGUGGGCCACGAACGAUUCCAACGGCACCGACCUACCAGCCCCCAAAUGGAAACUCGAAAGUCACGUCCACGGGCGCCGAUUUCGUUAAUAAUAAUCCGCAAGAUCCCCACAACACACAGCCGGGGGAUGCUUCAUGGGAGCCAAAUUGGGACUCAGGUUUAAACCUUGAGGAAGACCCGAACAACACUGGCGUGGACUUCAAUCCUAACGUAGAUCCGAGCAGUAAUGGCUUGGAUUUCAGCCUUCACGUAGACCCGAAUGACCCCGAGUUCGAUACGAACAUUGACAUCGAGGCUUUCCUAAACGAGGUCGCAGUACAAGACCCACCGGCGAACUAA